GGCUUUGCACUUAAAGGACGUCAUGCUAGUUGAAGACACCGGGGCUCUCACUCACUGGCUUCUGGACUAUUUUCGCAAUUAUGGUGUCCCGGAUCCAGAUGGACUUUGUAGUUAUACAGUGGCCCUUAUACAACAAACCGAUGAAAGUAGUAUUAGGGAUGUCUGCAAGGCAGAGUUGAAAGUUUUCCUUUCAUUUGACACCGAAAAGUUUGUAAGCAAACUUUGGGACGAACAACUAAAAGUUAACUCUGAAUUGUAUAUAGGAGAAAAUGAAAAUAACAUAAUAUCUGUUAAAGACUUAAAACCCUCCACAGAUGUCUAUUCUUCUUUUAAAAGUGAAUUACUAGAGCAAGAUGGCGGCGGUCAGCUUAUCUCUAACUCUUCUAAAGCUGGAAAAAGAAUACAAAGCGUUACAAUGAACACCAUAACGCCCUUUAGGAAGUUAAAUCCCAGUCAUAGCGCUUUAGACACGUAUAAUACUCGGCGAUACACCAGCAGUAUAUAUGAAAAUUAUCGCAACGAAGGGAAGGAUUAUUAUGGGAGCUACUCUAAGGCACGGGCACGUGUGAGAGGGAAUAAGAGGUCUUUUUCUGAUAGCUGCUAUGGCAGAAGGAAUCUUGUACGGCAUAAAAGUUCACUGGAUCAAUUCAAUAAAGAAAAGCCGGUAAUCGCACCUUAUAAACGAGACACAAAUUCCCCCCGCUCUGUGUUGAGCCUGGAAGUGGUGAAGAUCCCACCUUUUCUAAACACGGUAGAAAAUUUAUUUGAUCACUUUAAAAACUUUGGAACCAUCACGAAUAUUCAAUGUUGUUAUGGAAACCAUUUACAAGUUGCCAAGGUCACUUUUUCUAAUGAAAACGAGGCUGCGGCUGCUCACGCUUGUGCAGAUCCCGUGUUGAACAACCGAUUUAUUAAGGUUUUCUUUGCUCCUGUAACGAAGGAAGAGUUGACUGACAGACAUAAAAAAAAGCAGUUGUUGACGGCUAUUGACCUAUAUCAUAAGGGCUCUAUUAGAUUUAAUAAUCAAAAAUAUGCUAAACGGGGCCUUAAAAUCGAAAGAAAUAAACAAAUUUUAGAAAUGCAUAAGCGAAAAGAGGCUCUGCUUUCCGAGAACCUUGAACAGCAACAGAAACUUCUUCAAAAACUGGAAGCCGAAAAGAAAUCUCUUUCUUCUUCGAGCAAAGCGCUGAUUAAGAGCCAGCUUACGGUGCUGGCACAGUCAUAUAACCAACUUAUGGGGCCACUUCCUUCCCUGGAUUUUGUUUCGAGGCCGGAAACGCCAGGAGCUCCCGCACUGCUCUCCAAGGAGGGCCUUUUGGACAAACGGGAUGAGGAGCUAAAGCAGGAGAUGGGCUUUGAGAUUUCUGAUGAGGGCGAGGAAUAGUUAGGAGUCUAUACGUAUAAGUUUUUUUCAUACACCAGCUACGCGUUUUUUCGUGUUAAAGAUCUGAGACCAUGCAUACUAAUUCCAUUUAUUAUAAAAUAGGAAGGCGCCAUCUUCUCUA